AUGUCGAAUUCAUUAUUGUUUGCAGAACAAGACAACUUAUCUUCGGAUCCGAGUCGGUUUUCAAUAACAGAACAGAACGGCGAGGAAGAAAAACAAAAACAACAGCAGCAGCUCGACCCAGCUAAUACGUGCCCUACAUUAACUCUAACAGAAAACUGCUCGUUUCUAACGAUUCUCAAGCGUCUUGGUAUUUAUUGGCGUCGAAUUUUAUUAGAUAAGAUUCGACUUGUAUUUACACUCGUAUUCAUGUCCAUGCUCAAUAUUACCGCUCGAAUCGCGUGUUUUACACGACGACAAACUCAUACAUCACCACCUUCAUCAUCAGCUUCCCUCAAUUCAUUGUCGAUUUCCUCGUCAACUGGAGCGUUCGGAGUAAGUGAAAAGAGAGCAGAUUUUAUCCGAUUGGAACUCACUUGA